AUGGCUCUGGCCCCCCCCCGCUUUGGCGCAACGCGCCAACCACGCUCAGGUCCCCAGGCGUCAACGUCCCGAGCCUUUCCCCAGCCUCUCGUCUCACGGGGCGGAGCGACCACCCCACUCCACUCGCCAGGACAGCUGGCACCCGAAAGCCCCGACCUCCAGCGGAAGGACCCCCCCAAGGCAUCCGCCCCCGCCGCCGCCGGCUCGCGGCCCAGUUCGGGCGGGCAGCCAGCGCCGGAGGGCCUGGCGGACCCGCUCGGGGGCGCCUUCGCGGGGGCCUCCUUCGGCGGCGGCCCUGGGCCGGCGGCGAGGGAUGCGCUCUUCGGCGGCUCCGCGGGGGUGGGCGCCUCGAGGUCGAGCCUCUUCGGCAGCACCCCGCGCAGUGGGGACCCGUUCGAGGACGACCCGCCAGCCAGGCCGCCCGCGGCGGCUCCCGGCCAGGCGGCCCGGGCGAGGGCGUCGCUGUUCGGAGACAACCCCCCCGCGAGGGACCCGCCCGCCGCCGCGGCCUCGCGGCCGCGCGCGUACACUUUCGGCGACGAUCCGCCCGCGGGCGGCCCGCCCUGCGGCGGCAGCCCGCCGCCCGCCGCCGCGGCCCCCGCGGGGAGCCUUCCCCUCGGCGGCGGCGGCGGCCCGCGGGGGAGCCCGGCGAGGGAGGCGCUCUUCGGGGUGGACGGCGCGGCUUCCGCCGCGCCCGCGGCGCCACAGGCGAGGGCGGCCGCGGCGCCGCGGGGCGCGCUCUUCGGCGACGAGGCCCCGCGAGAGCCCAACGAUGUCAGCUACGAGGGUGGUGACAUGAUGUAUCAUACCAUCGCCAUCAGCUUCGAAGGUACCAGCCCGCCGGGCGGCAGCCGUGCCCGAGGCAGCAGCCCGCUCGGCGGGGCCUCGGCAGCCCCGCCUCAGCCGGCCGCCGCCGACCCGCUGGGCGGCAGCCGUGCCCGGGGCACCAGCCCUCUCGGCGGGGCCUCGGCGGUUUCGCCCCAGCCGGCCGCCGCCGACCCGCCGGGCGGCAGCCGUGCCCGAGGCAGCAGCCCGCUCGGCGGGGCCUCGGCAGCCCCGCCUCAGCCGGCCGCCGCCGACCCGCUGGGCGGCAGCCGUGCCCGGGGCACCAGCCCUCUCGGCGGGGCCUCGGCGGUUUCGCCCCAGCCGGCCGCCGCCGACCCGCUGGGCGGCAGCCGUGCCCGGGGCACCAGCCCGCUCGGCGGGGCCUCGGCAGCCCCGCCUCAGCUGGCCGCCGCCGACCCGCUGGGCGGCAGCCGUGCCCGGGGCACCAGCCCUCUCGGCGGGGUUUCGGCAGCCCCGCCUCAGCUGGCCGCCGCCGACCCGCUGGGCGGCAGCCGAGCCCGGGGCACCAGCCCGCUCGGCGGGGCCUCGGCGGUUUCGCCCCGGCCGACCGCCGCCGACCCGCUGGGCGGCAGUCGUGCCCGAGGCACCAGCCCGCUCGGCGGAGCCUCGGCGGUCUCGCCACGGCCGGCCGCCGCCGGCCAGCUCGCCGCGCCGCUCACCGCCACGCCGCUGCCCCCGAUGCCAGUCGCUGCCGACCCGCUGACCGCGGCCGCUGGCAUCGGGGGCCGUGCCGGCACCUCUGCGGAUCCGCUCUUGGGAGGCGCCCCGCCGCCUAGGGAAUCCAGUGGGGCGGGCUCUGGCGCCGCACCCGAGGCGGCGUCGGCUGAUGGUCCCGAGCCGCGGCAGCGGCGCAGCCAGCUGGCGUCUAUCUUCGACGACGACGACCUGGGGCCUGGGCCAGGCUUGGGGGCGCUGGACCAGCUGCUUGGCGCGAGCGGCGGGCCGAGGCAGUCGCUCUUCGGCGGCGAGAAGACAGGGCGCCCCUCCGUGUCGCUCUUCGACGAUGCGCCAGGCCCCUCCCUCGCCACCGCGCGCCUGUUGGGCGGCGGCACGCCCGUGGAGCGGCCACGCCCUCCAGCGGCGGAAGCGCCCGCGGUCUCUGGAGCCGCGGGCGCCGCUGGCCCGAGCGGCUUGGCCGCGGUGCCAGCGGGCGCGGCGGCGGCGGAGGUGGCGGUGCCUGGGGACCGCCCUGGCGAA